AUGAGCAAGGAGGUUCUGGACACACUGUCAUACAAAAAGAAAAUUUACAAGGAGUGGAAGAUAGGACGGCUAGAGCAGGGGGCGUAUAAGGAAGCUGCCCGAGCAGCAAGACACAAGGUUAGAAAAGCGAAAGUUCAUUUAGAAUUAAAUCUAGCCAGGGAGAUCAAGGGAAACAGCAAAGGUUUCUACAGGUAUAUUAAUGGUAAGAAAACGAUCAGGGAAGGUCUGGGACCCCUCAAAAAGGAAAAGGGUGAACUGAUGAAAAGUGAUUUGGAGAAGGCCGAGGUUCUCAAUAACUUCUUUUCCUCUGUCCUCACUCACAAGGGCUUCAGCCACACUCCUGAAGUCACAGAAGAAAACGGCAGGGGUUGGACAAAUGAACUGCCCAUUGUAACUGAAGAUCAGGUUCGCGACCAUCUGAUGAACCUGAAAGUGUGCAAGUCCAUGGGACCCAAAGGGGUACACCCACAGGUACUGGUGGAUGAGAUUGCUAAACCUCUCUCUAUUACAUUCCAAAAGUCAUGGCAGUCCGGUGAAGUCUGCAUUGACUGGAAAAGGGGAAACAUAAUCCCCAUUUUCAAAAAGGGAAAGAAGGAUGAACCGGGUAACUAUAGGCCAGUCAGUGUCACCUCCGUGCCUAGUAAGAUCAUGGAGCAGAUCCUCCUUGAGGCACUGCUGAGGCAGAAGAAUAACGAAGAAGUGAUUGAGUACAGUCAGCAUGACUUCACCAAGGGCAAAUCAUGCCUGACAAACCUGGUGGCCUUCUAUGAGAAGGUCACAACAUCAAUAGACAAGGGAAGAGCAACUGACGUCAUUUACUUGGACCUGAUCAAAGCCUUUGACGCUGUCCCGCAUGACAUCCUGGUCUCCAAGCUGAUAAAAUACGGGUUUGAUGGAUGGACAAUUCACUGGAUAAAGAACUGGCUUGAUAGCUGCACCCAAAGAGUGGCUGUCAAUGGGUCCAUGUCCAAGUGGAAGCCAGUGACAAGUGGAGUCCCUCAAGGAUCAGUACUGGGACCAGUCUUAACAUCUUCAUCAGUGACAUUCAGUGAGUUUGUUGAUGACACGAAGUUGUGUGACACGCUGGAAGGUAAGGAUGCCAUCCAGAGGGACCUUGACAAGCUAGAGAGGUGGGCCCAGGCCAACCUCAUGAGUCACAACACCAAGUGCAAGGGCCUCCAUGUGGGUCUGGGCAAUCCCAAGCACCAAUAUAGGCUGGGCAGUGACUGGCUUGAGAGCAGCCCUGAAGAAAAGGACUUGGGGGUACUGAUGGGCAAGGAGCUCAACAUGAGCCGUCAGCAUGCACUUGCAGCCCAGAAAGCCAGUCGUGUCCUGGGCUGCAUCAAGAGGUACAUGGCCAACAGGUUGAGGGAGGUGAUUCUUCCCCUC